AUGUCCCGACCUUUGAGGAAGGAUUACCGCACUGCGGAUUUCGAGCAGCUGAGCAGGAUGAUCAAGGAGCAUCCGGUGAUGAAGGCUCCUGAAACUGAGCAGCAGCAGCUGCAGAAGCUACGAACUCCAGAAUAUCGUACGAAAUGUGUGAUGAGGGCUUCGCUGGAUGAUAUUGCCUUGGGGAUAAAUCUCUAUAAGCUGCAGCUAGACAAACCCAUGUCACCCACUUUGGAGGAACCGAAUUAUCUGAAGGAACCUGCUGCCUCUGCCCGUUCCGCCCCCUCGGCUCGUCCUCCAAGCACUCCGUUCAUUAAGGUUCUCCUCCGAAAGACUCCCAUAAUGGUGCUCUUUGAACGAAGGAGCAUGACCGCCUUGGCGGAUACGGAUGAGGGUCGUCAGGUGAUGGAGGAUAACCUAAAGUACGAAGAACUCCUCUCGGGAAUAGAUAAAACUAGGAGAACCGUGGAUGCAGAUACUCAAACCAUGACGGCGCUAAUGAAGUCCAGACUAGUAAACACUGAAAGGUUGACCACUGGACAGAUGGGUUCCUAUGUCUCCAACUUUGAGAUGUACGAUACCUAUACGGAUCUUGAGAAAUCCACCACGAGUGUGCAGGUUCAGGGUGAGAAGAAGAUGGAGAUAACCACUUAUCACGUUGGAGGAGUGGAUCAGUUUGUGGCCAUCAAUAGUCUUCCCGGAUUUCGACUGGCCCUCAUGCUGACCAUGCGCAUCCUGGCCAGCAAUGUGUUUGAACCUCAGCAGAGGAGAUAUAGGAAUAUGGCAUUACCAGAUCCUCUGGCUGAGGAUGUGAAGUUCAAGUAUCGAUUGGGAUUACUAUGGAGAUUGAGUCCACCUUCAUCGAACAGGAAAGUUCAUCAGGCGGUGAGCGAUGUGAGCUUCUGUCCCAGUAAUGGUGAUAUAAUGGCCGUGGCCUAUGGAGUUUAUAGUCAUGGAAAGGUGGGUAAGUUACCCCGAUGUGGCUGGGUUUAUGUGUGGAACAUCAAGAACCCUGUGAACCCGGAGAGGCGUUACAAUUAUCAAGUGCCCGUGGUCACUGUGGAAUUUUCACCCACUCAACCUCAACUUUUGGCCAUUGGUCUUCAUAAUGGUGGAGUUGAGGUAAGGGAUAUAUCCAGUCAGGAUCUGCCUCCUUUGGCCAUUUCACAGCGCUCCUCUUCACCGCACUUCGAACCUGUAACGGCUAUUAAGUGGAUCUAUUUCGAGGGAGAUGUGGGUUCGAGGAAUCCCCAUAUAACACCAUUUUUAGCUACCUCCCAAGCGGGUGCUGUGACCAAAUAUAGGUUGAUUAAUAGCCCCAAUAUGCUGGGUUUCGAGCAGCAGCGUUUGCAGCGGGCGGAGGGCGAGCUGGAGGGGAUUCCCAUCGAGCGACAGCCUCCGGCGGCUUCUUUACUGGCAAAUAGGAAUCCCCAGUGUUUGGAGAUAGUACUCGAUCCCGUGCAGGCGGAUAUAUAUUAUGUUCUAACCGAUGAGGGAACCCUAUACAAGUGUUCGACAAACUACCCACUGCAGCACUUGGAACUGCGACAGGUGCACGAUGGACCCGCCGCCUGCAUGGAGUUCUCACCCUGGUCACCAAGGAUGUACCUCACCUGCGGCAGUGAUUGGUGCAUUCGUAUUUGGCUAGCUGGCAUCCUUCUACCCAUCGUGACCCUCCAGCAUCAUCUGUCCCCAGUUCACUGCGCCCGCUGGAGUCGCACUCACUCCACCAUCCUGGUUUCUCUCAGUCGCAGCACUGUGGACAUCUGGGAUCUGCGCAACAGCACCAUGAAGCCAGUGUCCUCCACUGUUAUCGAUGCAGAUAUCUUCUACACUACUUUCAAAUUUACCCACUGUGGUCGUUCGCUGGCCGUCGGAAAUGAGGCUGGUAACCUGCUGAUGUUGUCCUUCGAGGACAUGCCUUUUCCCCCACACUUUCAAUACAAGCAGCUCAAAAGAGCCAUCUUCAAGGCGCUGUCCAUGCAACCCGAUCUCCGCAAGCAGGUGAAGAGCGUUGGCUACUUUGGCUAUCCCGGAGGAAAGAAACAAACUAGAGCUUGA